GGAUAACACGCGAAUAACCCCGCCAAAUCAAGGUAACCUCGAAACCUUCUAUCACCACUAGACUCUCACCCCACUUCAUAUUAUUGUACAUUGCGCAACUUACUCUUAAAGAAGACUUCCUCUUCUUAAUCCUAUCUUCGAUGUUCUCUCGUUUCUCACAAUUAGCAAGACAUCUAUCUCGUCCCUUGCCAAAUUACGCUCAUAAAUCUGCUGCCGUUUCUACCUUUUCGAAUAAAGUCAUGACAUCAUCAUCUGCGGACGAGCGUAACUCGAGAACAAUUCAUACAGCGGCAUGUUUGAUAAUUGGUGAUGAAGUACUUGGGGGAAAGGUCAGUUAUUCAAUGAUGUAUGCAGUUGAAGCUUGUGAAAGGAAUAAUGGCUAAUUUGUCGUGUUGUGCAGACUGUCGAUGUAGGUUCGAAAAUAUAUGCGAGUGGAAAUUUCAAUGUUGACGGCAAUGGCAGACAAACUCGGCAUUUUUGGCAAAAUUCUGCUUCAAGCAUGGAAUAGUAGGAUAUCCAAGACAAACUGAGGGACGAUUCCUGAUUUUGACUUUCAAAUAGAACCUAAAGCGUGUCGAAGUUAUUGCAGAUGAUGAGGAUGAAAUUAUUGAAGCCGUUAGACGCAUGUCCAACAACUAUGAUUUUGUAGUCACAUCUGGUGGAAUUGGUCCAACGUAUGUGUCGAAUCCCAAGACAUACCCCGGCUAACAGGAUCAGGCACGAUGACAUUACCUAUCAAUCCAUUGGAAAAGCAUUUGGACUGAAGUUGAAGCUGCAUCAAGAAGCUUAUGAAAGAAUGCAGAGGUUAUCCAAACCCCACCCAUCUCAACCAAACUUCAACUGGGAUGAAGAUUCCCCGGCGAAAAAAGCCAAGCUUCGAAUGGUUGAAUUACCAUUAGAUGAAUCUCGAGAUUUAUCAAAGCAAGUUAUAUUCCCAUGUGAAGAUCUUUGGGUUCCAGCCGCUUGUAUCAAUGGCAAUAUACAUAUCUUACCAGGUGUUCCGAGACUGUUCGAGAGGUUAUUAGAGGGGUUAAAACCAUAUCUACUCCCUCGGUUGACAGAUCCUGAAGACAAAGGGAUUUGUAGAAUUAUGAUUUCUACUCCCAUGGCAGAGAGUGCUGUAGCACCAUAUCUUACAGAACUAGCUGCUAAAGUAGAAUCAAAGGGUGUCAAGGUUGGAAGUUAUCCAAGGUGGGGAAAGGCACACAAUACUGUUACUUUGGUUGGAAGGUAAAUAACACUCACGAGCUUCAAUGGCCAUCAUUGACAAUGAGAUAGGGACCAGGAAUACUUGGAGAGCUUAAUUCCCGAAGUGACAAAGAACGUUGAUGGUCAUCGAGUUUUGACAGAAGCAGAAGAUGAUAUCGAAGGCGAACAUAAAGAGUACGAUAUCUCUCAAGUUUUUCCCAUCCUCUUAACAUUUCCUAACAACUCUCCAGAACAUCUCAAUAAGAAGGAUAUAUUUUGUCCAUUCAAAUUCCUCCUCCCCUCAUCUGUCAAAGAUUUCCACCAAAGUCCUUUGGGGUAAGGUAACCGACCGAUACGAUACAAGCGCUGUCAAAAAAAAGUUCAAAAGAUUACAUUGACACCGUUAAGAUUUCAACCCCUGAGCUCGGAACCAACAAAAAAUGUAAAGUAAAUAGUUUAAACUCCCAGCCAACCGUGCAUCUAUCUCAUUUUCGGGUCGAAAUUCAGGGGAAGGAAAUAACGGCUUCCCUUUGAUGACUUUUUUUUUUACCUUUUACUCCUAUCAGAGAUAGUAAUAAAAGCCCGUUUUU